AUGCGUUUCACAAACACGAUCUGGGCUUCUGCCCUCCUCACUCUUGCUACUCCGGUCCUGGGCUGUGAGACCUGCGAGCAUCCUGAGCAAGAUGUAGUCAUGACAAGACAUGUCAGACGUAUGCAGCCAGAUGCACAAAACUCGACAAGCUCUCCGCGUGGGCCAUUGGCCUGGGGUCAGCUCAACUUCCUUCACACCACAGACACUCACGGUUGGCUCGAGGGACACAUCAGAGAGCAAAACUACGGUGCAGACUGGGGUGACUAUGUCUCUUUCGUCAAGCAGAUGAGACAGAAGGCGAGAGAUUUGGAUGUUGACCUUCUCGUCGUCGACACUGGUGAUCUACACGACGGUGCAGGCCUUAGUGAUGCCACUGGUGUUGCUACCUAUGGUGGAGUCAACGGAGAGCUGUCGAAUCCGAUCUUCGAGCAGCUUGACUACGACUUGCUUACUAUCGGAAAUCAUGAGCUCUAUGUCUCCGAAAUUGCUUAUGAAACUUUCAACCAGUUUGCCAAAGCGUACGGAGAGAAGUACUUGACAAGCAACGUCCAAAUCAGGAAUCCAAGCACUGGUGAGCUUGAAUACAUUGGCAAGAAGUACAGAUACUUCAGAACCGAGAGGGGUCUUAGGAUCAUGGCUUUCGGUGUACUUUUCGACUUCACAGGCAACUCGAACGCUUCUGUUAUUACUAAGGCUGCCGACAUGGUCAAAGAGUCUUGGUUCCUAAACGCUGUCAACCACAAGAAUGUUGAUGCGUUCGUUGUUAUUGGUCACAACCCUGUCAGCCGCAAGAGCAGCAGCAACACUCUCCAGACUGUUUAUCAAGCAAUCCGUACCAUCAAGCCCGAUAUCCCAAUCCAGAUGUUUGGUGGCCACACUCACAUCCGUGACUUCGCGGUCUACGAUGACAAGUCUGUUGGCAUGGAGAGUGGAAGAUACUGCGAGACUUUGGGCUGGCUGGCUGUCAGUGGUAUCAAUUCACGCGGCAAGGCCAAUCCCAAAGGCGUACCCAAUCCUACGAUGAAGGGCAAGAAGGUGGGCUCGGCCUCGGCUUCUGCUAGUCUUUCUUCCUCUACCAGCGCUUCAAACAUGACCUUCUUCCGUCGCUACAUGGACUGGAAUCGUGUUACCUUCGAGUACCACGCUGAAGGCAGUCAGGCCAAGGCUUUCGAUACCACAAAGGGCGUGGCUGUGACCAAGAAUAUCACAGCUACUCGCAAGGAGUUGAACCUUACUAGUAUUUACGGCUGUGCGCCUCAGACUUGGUGUCUUUCGUGCGCCCCAUUCAUGUCUGAGGGCUCCAUCUACUCAUUGCUUUCCACAGCUCUCUCCGCUACCAUCAUCACGAAAGAACGUGCCGAUAAGCCACGCCUCAUCAUUACCAACAGUGGUCAUAUCAGAUUCGAUCUAGCCGAGGGAGCCUUUGAUUAUGAUUCUAGCUUCAUUGUUUCACCAUUCACCGAUGCCUUCAACUACCUCCCAGAUGUCCCUUACCACCUGGCCAGUCAAGUUCUCGCGGCCUUGGAGAGCGGCAACUACCCUUCCAAGAGAUCGCUAUCUACCGAAGACUUUGGCUUCACUCAGAUGAACCCUGCACUCGACAGCUGUAUCGAUCCCCCUAUGACCCAUGACCACCUGGUCACUAAGCGUUCUUAUCCCGGCGGUCGUAUCAUUAGACGUCAAACCACCACUACCCCUGGCUAUGUCACCACUGACGACUUCGGUACUGAUGGAGACGAUACCAUCCACUCCAAGAUCCCUUAUUAUUCUGUUCCCAACUUCUUCCAGGCCAACGGCAGUCUUCCCGCCAACGGCACUCUUGACGCCAACGCAACAGUCGACCUUAUCUUCUUGGACUAUGUUGCCGGUAGUGUCGUCAAGGCUCUGAAUGGCUUGGGUGGAGACUACACCGAUGAAGAGGUCACCUACUACUUACCAAAGAACUUCACGACCAACUCGUACUUGCCCAAGUAUGCUCAGAUGACUGCUGAAUGGCAGGCCGAUGUGCCCAACUGCCCUGUCGGUUUGGGCAUCGGUUACAACAUUACCUCAUAG